AUGAUGCCUGUUCCGCAUGUUGCACCGUCACAUGACGACUACUGGCGAGCCAUGCGGAGAAAGGUGCGCAAAGGCACCCACAGUUGCUGGGAAUGCAAGCGGCGGAAGAUGAAAUGUAGAUUCGAUCCGCGCAUUCUCAGUGCCUCCUGCAUCGGCUGUCGACGACGCGGCUCCCCAUGUAUCAGCCAGGAGUUCCCCGAGGACCUCGCAUAUGUCCCCAUGGGCUUGGGAUCUAGCAACAGCAGUGAUGGCACUCCCUUUGACGGCAGAACUCGCGCUGCCACGCCCAGUGGGAGGGCAGACCCUAGUAUUCUCGCGCCUCUGUCAACGAACAUGGAGCCCUCGCGAUACCAUAAACCUUCCGAGCAAUAUCUGACAACCACCGGGAAUGAUACCUCACCACCUAAAUAUGUGAGGCUGUCUCGGUUCUUGCAUCAAUUACUCCCGUCGAGAGAAGAUAUCGAGAGUAUCUGCAACGCCAGUCGCCACUCUUCCAUCCUCUCCCACGAAUUGUUGACUAUGCCAUACACUACCCUCUACCAGAACGGUCUCCAAACGCCCGCGAGUUUACUGAUGACCCCGGAACCAAACAUGCAUCCUGUUUUGAUCGCGAGUCACAUGCUCCGGCUCGCCCUUUUCCUACAGCAUCUUCCUCCGGAUCUUCACAAGGAGAUUAAAGGCCUGUCGGAACCACCCAGAGUCAUCAUGGAACGUUUAGCUGAUGUUGCCAUCUAUCACGUCACGACAAACGAGGAACUUGUCGGCAGCAUAGAGAGCCUCGAGUGCGUCAUGCUCGAGAGUUUAUACCAGGUGAACAUUGGGAACCUUCGACGGGGCUGGGUCGCGGGUCGGAGAGCCAUGAGUGUAGCCCAGAUGAUGGGCCUUCAUCGAUCGGAUGACCAGACACGAUACAAGGCGCUCGACCCCAAGACGAAAUACAACCCACAGAUUAUGUGGCUCCGGGUCAUCAAUCUCGACCGCCAUCUCUGCCUCCUCUUAGGUCUGCCCCAAGGCUACACCGACCAUAGUAUGGCCUCCGAGACCCUGCUGACCAACGACUGCCCCAUGGGGCGUCUCGAGCACCUGCACUGUGGCGUCAUGUCCCGAAUCCUAGAACGUAAUGCAUCCAAGCCCAGCUGCCGAGACCUCGCCGACACCCGCGCCAUCGACCUGGAGCUGCAGAAAGCCGCUGGCAGCCUCCCGAGCAAGUGGUGGCUGGUCCCCAAACUCGACAUUGCCUCCACCGACCUGCAAGCCGUAUUCUGGGAUACGCGCCGCCUGGUCCUGCAGAUCUGCCACUACAACCUACUCAACCAGUUGCAUCUGCCGUAUAUGCUUCGCCACUCGUCCGCGGAGAGCAAAUACGAGUAUUCGCGAAUCACGUGCGUAAAUGCGUCGCGCGAGGUUCUCUCGCGCUACAUCGCGCUCCGCACCUUCAACCGGAUCGCUUACAGCUGUCGCACCGUCGACUUCCUCGCCCUCAUGGCGGCCAUGGCACUCCUCCUCGCACAUAUGGAUAGUCAGCGCGACGGGGCGGACAAUCUGCUCGCUAAUCAGUAUCUGACGGAUCGUGGGAUGAUCGAGCAGGUGCAGGAGCACAUGAACGAGAUCAACACUCUGAAUUCGGAUGAGCUGAGCGCGCGAAGUGCGGAUUUGUUGAAGGCGUUGUUGGCGAUUGACACGGAGAAAGGGAAUGGGAGGGUGAGUGUGAGGGUGAGGGAGGCGGGAGGUGAGGGGACCUUGCAGCAGGAUGGGAUGGGCCAGGAAAAGAAGCAGGAGGAGGACGAGGAGGAGGAGGAGGAGGAUGAAGAGGGCGUGGUGCGUGUGCAUAUUCCGUACUUUGGAUUUAUUCGGAUUGCACGCGAGGCUCCUACCAAACGGGCAGCUGUGACGAUUGACACCAUGCAUCGGUUCGCCUCCACCGCCGGCAGCAGCUCCGAAUCCCAACUGCGCCUCUUCUCCCUGACACACCCCAGCACCCUAACCCCCUCCGCGAAUAACACUCCCAACCCACUCUCUUUCCCCGUCGCCGACACAGCCGCUUCCCAUGAAUCUACCGCACCUUUCGCGCACCGGCACCCGCACCAUCAACAGGAGCAACAAUGUCAAAACGCUUUCUCCGACUCAGGUCUUUCUCUGGCACCAUCCCCGCUGAUGCAGGGCGGGUAUCCAGAACUCGCAGCAGGCGGCGAGGACUGGGCAUUUCAGGGAGUGGAUAUGGCGUUUUUCGAGAACAUCAUGAGGAAUGUUGGGGGGGAUAUUUGA